AUGCCAGACUAUCAUCCCGUGGUGGAGAAAUAUGGCUUGCAGGUUCUGGAAGCUGCUGGCUUUCUCAAUGAUACAGAUGUACAGAUGACGCCGGAUCUGCGUGGUCAACUUGCCAUUGCGGGAUAUAGGAAUCCGGAGGGAGAAAUGAGGAAAAUGCUACAUCCAGUUUUCCGCAGAGAUUUGUGGACGAAUGCAUCGAAAGCACAAUUUGCUGUAAUGCAGCCAUCUAUUCUGCUAGCGACGGCUAUUCUGGACGAUCCGGUUACGUUGUGCUAUUUCCACGCUUUAACAGUGCCGGCGAAGGAAAUGGAGACGCUUUCGCUGGAUACUUGUACAGUGAGGACGGAGUGUAAAGUCAUGGAAAUACCGGAGUACUUGACUGCCGUAGAACAAAAUGAGAUUCUCGACAAGUUGUGCAAAACGCGGGAAUGGAUACAAUGGACAUUGACAGAUUCGCUUUUCGCAGCAACAGGUCAAACAAACCGUAUCGAAGACGAGGUUGGGAACAAGCGACCUGCCUCUAGCUCCAAAACAGCACAAUCAAUGAUCGAGAUAUCCUCCUACUUUACAGAAGUCCUACUCUACCACCGCGCCCUAAAAACAAACCCUCACGAUAGCCGCCACGAAGACAUCCACCUCGACACCCUCCUAACAGCAGGAAUAAAACCCUCACACCUACGCUCCCAAAUCUCUCUCAACUCAUCUAUGAACCGCACAAUCAUCCAGCUCACCAUAACCCUGCUCCACGAAUUCACCCACGCCUUUACAAUAGCCUGGCACGAACGCCAAGAUAGCUCCCCUUCAUCUCCAUCAUCCCUCCACGCCUCUAUUGCAGACACAAUGCAAGAUGUCCUCAAAGAACCCUUUUGUCCCGGGAACAAAAGCAACGAGCAAGGCUUUUGCUUUGAGAAUUACAUUUUCGGCGGGGUUGUGAAGCCCAUCCAUACACUCCUCCCUGUGCUCAGUGACGCCUUUGUCGCACAACAAAUGUGUUUGGCAGUUCUCGGUCUGAGUAUCUCUCAAACCUGGGAUAUCUGGGCUGAAAACGAUGGAAGCCAUGAUAUGGGUAUUGUGGAUGACAGUAAUAACAUGACAAGCCCUUUGGAAAGAGGCAACGACAUACAAUUCCCAGUUCCUGCAAAGUGGGUUUCUUGGUUGGUGGGGGAGCGGUGUUGGGGAGAGGAAGUGCAGAGGUUUGGCUUACAAGUUGCUGUCAAGGUGCCAAAGGUAAAGGGGUGGGGGGUUGUCAGGAAGGAGCAGGGGGAGAGGGGGGUUUGGGGCACUGGGGAGGAGAGGUGGGGGGGUUGUGGACGAGGGGGAUGA